AUGGUUGUUGCUCUAUUGUGGAGCAAAACAUCUGCAUCUAUGGGAAACAUAAGCAUAUACUGGGGUGAGAAUAGCAAUGAAGCUUCUCUUGCCAAUACCUGCAUAAGCGGCAAUUUUGAAAUUGUAAUGCUCGCAUUUCUAAACAAGUUCAGAGAUGGGCAGAUGUCGGUGCUGAACCUAGCGGGCCACUGCGAUCCCCCCUCGGGAGGAUGCAAAUUGCUAAGUGCUGAUAUUCAGUCUUACCAGUCCAGAGGCGUAAAGGUAUUUCUAUCCCUUGGAGGAGUCAUCGGAAACUAUAAGAUCACCUUCGUAGAGGAUGCAGAGAGUGUGUCAAGCUAUCUGUGGGACAACUUUCUGGGAGGGCAAUCGGACUCCAGGCCUAUCGGAGACGCUAUUCUGGACGGCAUUGACUUCGAUAUCCAAAUCAUGAUAUUCUACAACAAUCCUCCUUGUUUGUAUGCCAAUCUGGUGAAUUCAUGGACCCUUUGGACCACAUCUGUUCCCACUACUCAAACACAGAGCUUCUACAUUGGCCUUCCAGCUGCGCCUGAUGCUAUCAAUAAUGGUGGCUAUGUUGAGCCAGAUGUACUCAUCUCCCAAAUGUUGCCCAAGAUCAAGCCUUCCUCAAAAUAUGGAGUCAUGCUGUGGUCCAAGCAAAAGGGGAGGGCGGGCCGUGCCCUAACCCUAACCCUAGCCGCAGGCAUUGGUGAUCCUCGUGGGCGGCGCUCACGACGAUGCCCGCAGGUGCCGCGGCGCCCUGCGGCCACCGCCGUGAGCCGCGGGCACUGCACAACCGCAAGCUACCGUGUGCCGGGGAAGGAGGAAUAA